AUGGCUUCCUCGCGCAGGCUCCCCGUUUCUCUUCUCUUCUUCCCUUUCCUCUUUACCCUCUCCCACGCCGCCACCAUCACCGUCAUCAACCGCUGCUCCAGAACUCUCUGGGCUGCCGCCUCCCCCGGCGGAGGCCGCCGGCUGGACUCCGGUCAGACCUGGACGUUCAAUGUCAACCCAGGAACCACCGGCGGCCGCGUGUGGGCUCGCACCGGCUGCUCCUUCGACGCCGCCGGCCGCGGCCGCUGCGAGACCGGCGACUGCGGCGGCCUCCUGGAGUGCCGCGGGUACGGGCAGGCGCCCAACACCCUGGCCGAGUACGCCCUCAACCAGUUCAGCAACCUCGACUUCUUCGAUAUCUCCCUGGUGGACGGCUUCAACGUGCCCAUGGACUUCAGCCCAACUACCGGCGGGUGCCGCGGGAUCCGCUGUGCCGCCGACAUCGUGGGGCAGUGCCCGGCGGAGCUGAGGGCCCCCAGCGCGUGCAGGGACCCCUGCAACGUGUUCAAGACUGACAAUUACUGCUGCAACUCCGGCAGCUGCACGCCGACCAACUACUCGAGGUUCUUCAAGGAGAGGUGCCCAGAUGCCUACAGCUACCCCAAGGACGAUGCCACGAGCACCUUCACCUGCCGCGCCGGCGGCAACUACAGGGUCGUCUUCUGUCCUUGA